AUGGUUCAUCUUUUCACAGCACAGUCGCCCAACGGCCACAAGGUCUCAAUCACGCUCGAGGAGCUUGGCCUUCCGUAUGACAUAACAGUCGUGGAUCUUGGGAAAUCGGCCCAAAAGGAACCAUGGUUUUUGGCCAUCAAUCCGAAUGGGCGAAUUCCUGCUCUGACGGAUGAAUUGCCAGACAAGACUCCCAUUUCGUUGUUUGAGUCGGGCAGCAUUCAGCAGUACCUGAUUGACAAUUAUGACCCAGAGCAUAAGCUAUCCUACCCAAAGGGUAGCAAGGAGUAUUAUGAAACCAAUAACUGGCUAUUCUUUCAAAAUGCUGGUGUCGGACCAAUGCAGGGCCAAGCCAAUCAUUUCAUCCGCUACUCGCUGGCAUCUGUGCCAAUUCCCUAUGCUAUCGACAGAUACAAAAACGAGACAAGACGCCUAUACCGUACGGUCGACAACAGCCUUGCGCUGUCUGGAUCCAACUAUCUUGUUGGUGAUAAAUGCACCAUUGCAGACAUUGCUCUCUGGUGCUGGGUGAACUCGGCAAAAUUUUCUGAAAUUGAUCUUACAGAGUUUCCGACCUUGCAGAUUUGGCACAAGAGAAUGGCGUCGCGGCCAGCAGUGCAGAAGGGAUACAACGUCCCAAGUGGCGACGAUCUAAAUAAAGUGCUGGAUGAGCCUGAGAAGCUGGAGCGGCUUCUUGCUAGCAACAAAGCUUGGAUUGCACAUGGACUGAAGCAGGAUGCGCAGAAAUGA